AACGAAAGCAAAAAAAUGAACUUAAAUAUCUCAAAGAUAUCAUUAUAGAUCUGGAAUACGAAAUGAAAGUGUUCCAUAAAAAGCUAGAACAUAUUGUCGAACAAUGUCGCUAUAUAUAUACAGAAAUAUAUAAUUAUGAUAAUGAUAAUAGUGAUACCUCAGAUUCUGAAACCGAAUUAUUUGAUGAUGCGCAACUACACAAGUGUAUUCCAAAAGAUAUAAAGAUAGAAAAGAUACAUGAAUCUAAAGGCCCUGACCGCGCCCAUUCUCACUCUAAAAAGAAGCGUGAUAAGAAUAAGAUAUAUUGUACAAAGGAGGUGGAAGACACACAGCCUCGAGACUAUGUCUCAUCUACGAUUGAUAGCAUGCCUGGAAGUCAGAAUAUCAACGAUCUUAUGGAUAUAUCCCCGUUACUAUUUGCCGACCCUCAAUAUAUUCAAGUUCGCCUAAAAAGCAUGCCAGCGAAACCGUCUCUACAGAAAAAUCUGGCAACGUUUAUUCCUCUAUAUCAAAAUAUCACCAACGCUGAAUCUAACAAUAAUAAAGCGAGCCAUGAAGUAUUGCGAUCUUAUUUCGCUUUUGGAUUAUGGAUAUCAAAGCGUUAUGAAUUUCACAGAAAAUCUAAUCCAGAUCAUACCGCACAGGGCUAG